UGUAAAAUCCCUCUCAGUACUCAGUAGCUUGACUAGCUAACAGUAACAGUAGCUAUCAACAUUCAACAGUGCAUUUUCUUCAACGAGUUCUAUUCGGAGCUUUAUAACCCGCAAUCGCAAUAGUCGGUGGCGACGAUGAUGAUGACCACCACGACGAUGGAGGAGGAGGAGGAAGACAUGGAAAUAGAGAAUGACGUUUAUGUGGCUCACGAAAUCGACCUCGAUUACGAGUUUGAUGCAGCGCGCUUCUUCGAUUUCACGGUGCAAGAAUCUCCCGUUCAAGCUCGCCUAGCCGAGCUUUGGUUCGAAACCGCCGCCAGCUACCCUCCUUCUCCUUUUGUUUCGAAGCUUGUGCUUAGAGAAGACGAUGUUAGCGCCUCUUCUCUGGAAUGCUUCAAUGGUGAUUCGAAAUCGGUGGCUGGAGUUCUGCAAGAUAUAGCUAUGCAAAUGCAACCGUUACAAGUAAAUAGCACGGGACUAACCUUUACCAGUAAGACAACCGGGAACAGUUUGAAAUCAAAGGCUAAAUCCACUGUGAGAAAGGGUUCAACACUAAUGAAACCUACAGCUAGUCAGCUGGCUAAGCAAAAUCGGGCUCCUCAAAAUGUUGCUUCGAGGUUUCAGAAGUUAUCUCAGAACAAGGAAAUGAAUUUGUCUACCUUUUCUGGGGUAGAAACUCAAGCUUCAAAACGGCAGAAAUUAGAGGAUGGUCACUCGCGCAAGGUUGGUGAUGUGAUUCAGCAAACUAAUUUUGUACAUAAGGCACCUAACAGGAUUGUAACUACUGAAGAAAACUCUAGACACACCAAAUUGAGGAUUACUAUUCCUAGGGAGCCUGAGCUUGAAACUGCUCAUAGAGCACAAAGGAUAAGACCAAAAAAUGUUGUAGAGGCAGAACAUGUGACAGUGGCUGGGUCCAGAUUCAAAGCACGCCCAUUAAACAGAAAAAUUCUUAAUGCUCCUACAUUGCCACUACCCAAGAGGAGCACUCCGCAGUUGCCUGAAUUUCAAGAAUUUCACCUGAAGACAUGGGAGAGGGCCAUGCAACACUCAUCCGCUACUUCAUCAUCUUUACUUCGUUGCAACGAUUCUGACAAGUUUCAGGGAUUGGACAAACCUCCUUCUUCCACAGUAAAUAGAGGCAGGGAUUUGAGAAGACCAUCUGCCAUGACUCCCAUGAGUCCUCCAAAGCAUGAUGGAUUGGAUUUUACUCAUAACUUUAAAGCUCGGCCUCUUAAUAGGAAGAUACUUUCAAGUAGAGGAGAUAUUGGUGUUUUCCGGAAUAGAAAGCAGGAAUCCACAGUGCCAACAGAAUUCAAUUUCCAAACAGAAAAGAGGGUUCAGCACAACCUUCCAAUUGAACUGUUUAGCAAGCUAUCCCUAACCUCUGAAAUCCAGUCAAAUAAUGGAUCUCACAUCAACCAGCCGCAUCAUUCCAUGGUGUUCAGAAAGGAUUUGAAAGAAAAUAUAAGUUCUUUUCAUCUGAAUCAGAAGGAUAAGCCUUUCAUCUUUGGGGGGAACAAAAUUCAUAGCGGGAAUGAACAUUGCAUGAGUGAAGUUGGUUCUCGGUUGACUGCGAGGAGCUUGGGAAUUAGGUGACAACAAAAGAUUGUCAAUGUGCAACAACCAACAAGCUUUUGUUACCAGGAUGGAGAUUUUUGCUGUCAAGUUAUAGUUUGAUAGGGACAUAGCCUAAUGUCAGCAACCAUUCUCAGAUGGUAUCAUCCGAUAGGUGGUUCUUUUACUGCGACACAAAAUCAAAGAAAAAUAUUUUGUUAGAACAGAAGUUAGCAUACAUGUGCGUAACUGCAUCAGUUGUAUCUUGUACAACCGCUCCUAGAUCUCUGUCCAAUAGUAAAAUCGUUAAAAGGGCAAGUGUAUUAUAGUCCUGAAGCCUA